GUCCAUGAUCUUUUGUUUUUGAGAGUCUCUUCGUCCACGAUUCAUUUGUCCUCUGAUCACUAUUUGCCAUGAUGCCGACUCGAGACUAGCGUUCUCACCGAAGAAGCUAUGAGAUGACUUGUGCGUCGGUUGACCUCAAUAUUUGCACAUGUUUUCCCUUUGUUUCUUGAUCGUUUAAGCUUGCAUUAUUGCUUCUUUGGCCUAUUUUACGCUAGGUUGUGUUCCUUUAUCACAUUUCAGGUCCUAGCACAUAAAGUGAAGUGUAGGCGCAAGUUUCAAGUCAAUCGGAGAUCAAUUGGCGACUCGGGGGAAGAAACUCGGGUAUGACUUGAAGAAGAAGGGAUUUCUACCUCAGUUUGUGACCAUAUAAUCAUGUAAUCUUGUCAUGAGAAGAAAGAGUACGAGAAUACGAGCAUCUGGGAUCAAACGGCACCUGAUUUGGAGUUCGAACGAGGGAGAAACGAAGAAUCAAAGAUAGGGGAAAAUUGGUUUCGGGCUUCUCUGAGAAACAGAAGGGGGCCCUAUCGUGACACUAAAAUCCCCGGUAGGGGAUUUUUGGCCUUGAUAGGGGAUUUUCCCCUGUCUCCAGACGUUGCGUUUUCAAAAAUCCCCUAUCGUGAACCAAAAAUCCCCGGUCAUGAACCAAAAUCACAGGUCGUGACCCAAAAAUCCCCGGUCGUGAACCAAAAAAUCCCCUGUCGUGACCUAAAAUACCCUACCGGGUAUUUUGACCGGGGAUCGCGAACACAGGCUAUUAAAAGCCUGUUUUGUGCGUUUUUGCAAAGGAGAGCUGGGUUUUGGAUCCCAAACACCCAAGGGACGAACCAAAGAGAGAGAGGGCGAUUUGAGGGCAUUCUUGGAUUGGAAUUGGAGGAUUUCUUUGCCUUGGAAGCUCGAGGAACAAGCCCGGACUUGAAGACUGAUCAUCUGAAGAUUCUUACUGCAGUCUCUCUCUUCUCUAUGGAGUAACUUCCCUUCACUUAGGUUUUGAGGAACCCUAGCUAUGUUUGUUUGAUUGGAUGAUUGUAUGAGUACUCUGACUUGAUAAUCUUGAGUUCAUAUUCAAUCUAUGCAUGUUUUCAUGAUUCAAUUCUGCUUUAGUCGAGAUUAUUGAUUCUGCUUUGAUCCUAUGAGAGGGAAUACCUGAUUAGGUCAAUAGAGCACCAUAGAUUGAUAGUAGUGGAUCGAUUGCUUUAGUCGAGGGUUGAUUCACUGCUUUGUAUCGAUUGAGAACCUCUUUCGAUAGAGGGAGUCUAGUUCAGAACGCCUUGAUCAGUUGUUCUAGAGAAGGAUACGUCCCUCUAGGCAAUUGACUCAAGAGGGCCUUGUUCCUUUAGUCAAGACUCAAGGUCUAGUCAAGGAUUCUCCGCAUUGUGAAUGAAAGUGAAACAAGUUAGAAAUCAUCAAUCGUUAGUCUGGCUAGUGGCUAGGGGGAAUCAUACCUAAGUGAGUUCCCAACCUGUAAUUAGAUUAACUUUAACUGUAGUUUGCUAGAUUAGUUUUAGUUCUUUCAUCUUAAUCUGGUUUGCUAAAUAAUAAACUGAAGCUGAGUAAUAAUAACUCUAGAGACCCGUGGAUUCGAUAUUUAUCACUUGAGCCACUAUACUGCAUCCCUUCCAUUGGUUACACUUGGCCAUUGUUAGGUGUUGUGUAGUAGCGAGUCAAGUUUUUGGCGCCGUUGCCGGGGACUUUCUAGAGUAUUAGGAAAGGCAGAAGUUUGUUACUUUAGCGUUUUUCUUUUCUUUUCUUUUCCACCCUUGCUUUUCACUUGGGUGUUUUUGUUUUUGUUGGUGCAGAUCUAAAUCAUGGAUCCUCAUGGCUUCUCCAACAAUUGGGGGUAUCCACCACCACCCGAGUGGUAUUACCCCGAGACUCCCUGGAGCAAUCAAGGAGGAGAAGACUAUGGAUUCGGGUUCCAGUACCAACCCCCUUACUACGGAGAACAACCGGACCCCUGGGCAUAUCAAGAACAACCUCAUUACCAAGAAGAAUUUUUCCCACAACCAGAGGGGCCAUUGGAGCUGGAGUUACCCAUGGCGGCCUUCACGGGCCAUUCUGCAGAGCCAUGCUACACUCCACAGCCAGAUCCACACUAUGAAUUGAGACUUCUCAUGGAGCAGUUUGCUCGAGACUGUGAUAGAACAUGCUCCAGGAUGGAUCAUUGUGUCCAGGCCUAUCGUGAAACAGAGGAGAUCCUCCUGAGCCUUAAGAAGAGCAUCGAUGAUCUUGAGCGAUCUUGGGCACAACCUGCUCCAGAUCACCCUUCUGCUACCAUACUAGAAGGGGAGGAGGAAGAAGAAGGCUACAAGGACAUUGUGGAACACACAGAAGUUGUCACGGAGAGCUCCCGUGAUGGUCAUGAUCAGGAAUGUCCUGUCGUAGCCGACCACGCCUUCCCACACCCCAAACUGAGCUUUGAAGAGGCGGGCAUGAGUGAGGAGAUGCAAGAAGAUCUCAUGAAAGAAAUUGCUUGGAAACUUGCUCUCCAAUCCGUGCUAGAAGAAGAAGAGCAAGAAAGGGUGCAGAAAGAAGUUGUGGAGGAUGACGAAAGUGAAGCAGGAGGAGUUCUUGAUCAUUUCCCAGGGGUGAUACCACACGAACAAGGAAGGGAGGUUGAAGAAGCAAUUGGCAUCCAGGCUGAGGACGAAGUUGAGGUGGAAGAGGCUUGCACCAGCCAUGAGUUACAUUUGAUAUCUCCACCAAACUUCGAGGAACUACUUAGCAAGGAUCCAUUUGCAGUGUCUCUUUGCCAUACCAAGGUCACGUCGACAACGGUCCCUCUUGGUGGACGCGAUGGUGGUCAAUCGGUGCUGUCAUAUCUGGUUUGGGGAAAUGAGACGAGAGAAGAGAAUAAGAGGUCUCGAGGGUGGAGACUUCAUCUGCAUCAAGUGCACGAGCUUCCAUCUACUGUCAUACCACAUGCUCGUGACUUGAGAUUCCACCUCAUCGACGAGAACCUCAACUUCAAAGAGGUUUUGGGGUGGACCGAAACUUAGGAGCCAUCGUCCGGCUCACGACGUGAAAGAAGCGCUUGUUGGGAGGCAACCCAACCAGUCGGUUUGCAUUUCUUUCUCUUUUUCUCCUCGGUUGAGUCUGUUUUGUUAUUUGAUAUUAGAGUCAAUAAUUCAACCUUUGUGAGAUUUUGUGUGGUGUUUUUGCUCUGACCAUUCUCUCCUCCUGGAAUACGCCGCCUGCCCCGUCCACAAUCAUUCACCCUGGAUCUAGUAACUUCGUUCUACCCUCCUUAUCUUUCCUCCAUUGAGGACAAUGUCGUGCUUAAGUGUGGGGGGAUGUUCGAUUAUGUAUUCGUGUGAAUGUUUGACUGUUUGUGUGCUUGGAGCCUAGUCCACUGUCCAAAUUUCGAUUUGAGAGCUCCAAGUACGUGUUCCUUGGAAUUGCCUGCUCAGUAUGCUUUGAAUUGACAGUCUUUAUCAACCUAGGGAGGUAGUGUAGCACUAUGGAGGAUGUUGAUGCAUUUAAGAAGUCUCGUUUCUUCUUCAUAUUGUGUUGGUUGAUUGAGUGAAUUAGUGAUCUUAGGACCCUUGAAUUGUGUGGUGUUGUGGACUCUCUACCUAUCAUGGACUCUUGUAUCAUGUUUUGAAAUAAAAGGUGCUCGAUAAU